AUGCACGAAUAUCUACAUACUGGAGCCAUCGACUGCACCAAGCCUUUGAAUGUGGGGGGUCUCAAAGGGAAGACCGCAAUAGUUACAGGAGGUGCCAAUGGCCUAGGAGAAGCCUAUGUUAGGGCUUUGGUUGCUGCAGGAGUCAAGGUUUGCAUCGGCGACUCUGACCAGAUAGGUGGAAGCAAGCUAGAGCAAGAGCUUGAAGGUGCUGAUGCUGACAUCCUAUACCAAAGGGCAAAAUUUGUCCCCUGUGACAUCACCAAAUGGGACGAUCAAGUUCGACUAUUUCAACAAGCAUUGCUCUUUUCUCCAACAGGGAAGAUUUCACAUGUUGUCGCAAAUGCCGGCAUCCAUCGCCCGGACGAUAUCUUCUCGUAUUCUGGAGAUCAUGAAGAGCCGAAGGAGCCAAAUUUGAGUGUCAUUGACGUCAAUAUAAAAGGCACACUCUACACCGCCAAGCUUGCCGCGCAUCAUUUCAUCAGACAAAAUGGCACUCAAAGCGUGCCGGAACAGGAGGAUACAUCUUUGGUUUUGAUUGGAUCGGGGGCGGCCUUCUUGGACUGCCCGAGAGCUCCACAAUAUUGUGCAAGCAAAUGGGCCAUGCGAGGUAUCAUGCACUCCUUGAGAAGAACUGCCUUCUACUACGGCAGUCGAGUCAACGUCAUUUCGCCUUGGUACGUUAAAACAAACAUCCUAUCGGAAAGCGAUUUCAAACAUGUCUCGAGUGUUGGAGUCAAAUUCGCGCAUACGGAGGAUGCGUCUCAAUGCUUGCUCAGAAUUCUUGGCGAUGAAAGUGUGAAUGGUCAUUCGUUCUUCGUUUCAGGGAAGCAAUGGGCUCCGAACGGAUACGUGGAUCUGGAUCUAGAGGACUAUCCGAACAGCGAGCUCAUCCGCGAGAUCCAAGAGGAUCAGAUGAAGUCAGCUCCUGUCAGUCUGGGACUUUUUGUUUGA